GGCUGUCCAUGGCGUUUGUUGCCCUUUUUAUUUGGCGUUUAUUGCCCUAAUGCCCGCUGCACUGCAACCUUUCACAUAGAAUUUAACGUCUCAAAACCAGAAUUUUACAUUCGCUACACUCCUUCCCUUUGUCUCUCUCAUUCAAUCUAUCUUUCUUUUCCUGGGUUUCAUUGCUUACCAUGGCUUCCUGUAGCUUAGGAGUAUCAAAUAUUAAGACACUAAAAUUGAAUUUUCAGAAACCAAGAGUUGAUAACUUACAGAAACCAAAUUAUUCAAGAACAUUGAUUAGUCAGAGACCACCAAGAUAUGCUGGAUUGAUCAUAUCACAGCAGUUAGAGAAGUUAACCCCUUUUAGUUGCAGUUCAUCCUUGGAAGUUCAGAUUGCCACAGAUUUAGUGGAUGAUUCAGAAGAGACUAUAUCCCCUGGCUUGACUAGUCCGCUCAUCCCAAAUUUAUCUGAGGUGAAAUUUUUGGUCAAGGAAGUAUGCAAAACAACUUCAGUUGCAGAGUUUGAACUGAAACUUGGUGGAUUUCAGCUAUACUUAAUGCGGGACUUAGCUGGGAAAACUGAGUCUCCACCUGUCUCCACAAGUCCUUCUACCACUGGUGAAAAUACAACUGUCGAGACAACUGUUUCAAACGGCUCAGUUUCUGCACCUUCUUUAGCUAUCACCAAAGCACCAUCUUCCUCAGGGGUUGUUCAGGUUUCAUUACUUGAUAAAGCUGCAGAUGAAGGCUUGGUGAUACUUAAGUCGCCAAAGGUAGGGACUUUCAGAAGAUGUCUAACCAGAAAAGGGACACGUUUCCCACCUGCAUGUCAGGAGAAGAAGAUAGUGAAGGAGGGGCAAGUGCUUUGCUUUAUUGAACAGUUUGCUGCCCAAAUUCCAGUCCGGGUUUGAAUCUUGACAUUAUGUGAUUUAUUUCUUUGUUUAUCUGUUGAAGUCAGAAGCUAGGGUCAAUUUUAUGAUUCUUGUCCACCUGUUUCAUCUUAUCUUUUUGUACACUGCAAGUUCUGCUACUUGUGUUCUUUAAUUUAUUUCUGUAUAAUUAACAAACUGAUUCAUAUGUCUCAUUUACUUCAGUCUGACAUAGCUGGGGAGGUCAUUAAAAUACUGAGGGAGGAUGGUGAUCCUGUAGGAUAUGGUGAUCCGCUCCUUGCAAUUCUCCCAUCAUUUCCCGGAAUAAAGUAUCUCCACUAGAUGUUUCAGUAUAUUUGCUUCUGAAUCCGAUUCCUCCAUUGGGUUUUAUACCAUAUUUAAUAAAUAGAAAAUAUAUGUAGUAUUGCUGUGCAAUGAGAUUUUUGGGCAGAUAGAUUAUGUUGGCGAUUUUGUUUCAUUUUUUAUUAAAAAAAAUGCUUAUUC